GCUGGACGCCAAACGUUGUGGACAAAGUCGAAGCCAGUGACUGGGUUCGACAUCUUCCUGUCCCACACCUGGAUGACGCCGGGGCGGCUGAAAGUGUUGACGCUUAUGAUUCGUUCGGGAUGGCAUGUGGCGUUGAUCUUCUGGGCGAUCAGC